GAAACACCCCCGCCGCUAAAACUCCUAGCAUUUCUCUCAUGUUUUCCAUGGCCACCAAUUGUCCAAUACCACUUGGCCCCCAAAUCCAGGGCCUCUCUUAUCCUUGAAGAAUUCGAAAACCUAGGCUUUCCAGCCUUUCCCCUCAUUUUACUAUUUUCCCUACAUAUGAAUGAAUGUAAAUCUCGGCAGACACUGCUCAGUCUGCUCUUGUAGCUAGCUAAUACCCGUCCGGCUCGGACGCCUGCGGUUCGAGCCUGGUUCGGCCGUACUUGCCGGUUAUGGAGGAAACGGGGUUCGAUGGGGCUAGGACUUUUCGUUGUGUACCGCAGUUCAUCGUGGGCGCUGUAUCCGGAGCUCUUACGGGCUUCGUCGCUGUUGCUGGAGCUUUCACAGGAGCUGUUGCUGGUGCUCUAGCUGGUAAGGCUUCUGACAGCGGUGUUCUUCGUGGAGCUGGACUUGGUGCCAUUGCUGGGGCUGUGCUCUCUGUAGAGGUUCUGGAGGCUUCCCGUGCUUACUGGUGUCUGGAACGAUAUGGAUCGCGAAGUUCAUCAUCAAUGGCAGAUUUCAUAGAGGAGCUUUUUCACGGGAGGUUUGUCGAGGAACGAUUUGCACCGGAAAUUUUAACUGCUCACCGUUGGCAGGUUAGCGUUGCUAAUAUAGGCUAUGAUGAGAUUCCUGAUGUCAAUGGUGGAGUUGCAUCUAGAGGAUUGUCUGACGAUUCACUGUGGAGAUUACCUUGUCAUGUGAUGGAGGAAAUCGAGGCAGCACAAAGUAUCAGUUGUAGGAUAUGUCUGCAGGAUAUUGAAGUAGGAGAAAUUGCGAGGCGCUUGCCCUGGUGUCAUCACAUUUUUCACUUGAAAUGUGUGGACAAAUGGCUAGUCAAACAAGCUUCAUGCCCUAUAUGUAGAAAGGAAGUUUAAAUCUGUAUAUUUGUAUAGGAUUCUAUUUUUGUAUAGAGAGAAGAUCCCUGUUUUUUUUGUUCCUUUUUUCUUUAACUGGUGUUUUUAAUAUAGUGUUUGUAUUUUUAAGGUGUUUACCAGAAAAUAUAGUCAGAAAUACAAAAUUAAUUUAUAUUUUA